GGGAUAACAAGAAAAAGGUUUAAGAUAAAGUAAUAUAUACAUAUAACCAAUGUACAUAUACAUGAAACAUAUUUUUUGCUGUAGUAAUAAUCGCAAAUUAUAGGUCAUUCAGUGUUAUCAAUUUUUAAAAUUAAUAUUUAAAUGAUAUCAAUCAUAAAUUUAAAGUAAUUGCACUUUUCUUACGCAUUCAUUUUUACGCAUUUUAUUUCAUUCAAAUAAACCCAAAUAUUUUUAAGUAUUUUAAAACAAACACAAUGAAUAUCCAAAAAUUGACAAAUGCUACAAUGAAUUUUGACCAAUCUGCAAUAGAUGAAAAAAUUAAUUCUAUACGUUCUAGAGUUUAUAAAUUGGAAAAACAUGUUAAAACUACUUGGUUGAUAAAAGCAAUAGGUUUUUUAGACUUAACUACUUUAGGUAGUGAUGAUACACCAGCAAAAAUUGAAGCUUUAUGUGUUAAAGCAGUACACCCUCUUAAAUUAUCAAAUGACUCAAAUUUACAUACUGCAUCUGUAUAUGUAUAUCCUCUGAGACUUAUGGAUGCGAUAACUGCAUUGGAAAAACUUGAUAAAGACCAUAAAAUUUCUAGAGCUACUGUGGGUGGAGGAUUUCCAUCUGGACAAUAUUUAUUGGAAACACGACUUCGUGAGGUAGAAUUAGAUGUUGAAUUAGGAGCUGAUGAAAUUGAUAUUGUUAUCAAUAGACCAUUAGUAUUAAUGCACCAAUGGCAAAAAUUAUAUGAAGAAUUGAAAUUAUUUCGUACUGCUUGUGGUAACAAAUGUCUAAAAGUCAUACUUGCUACAGGAGAGUUAGGUAAUUUGGAAAAUGUAUAUAAAGCAUCUAUGAUAGCAAUGAUGGCUGGUGCAGAUUUUAUUAAAACAUCCACUGGAAAAGAAGCAAUAAAUGCUACUUUGCCUGUUGGAAUUGUUAUGUGUCGUGCAAUUAAGGAUUAUUAUGAAUCUACACAAAAAAAGAUUGGUUUAAAACCUGCUGGUGGUAUUAAAGUUCCACAAGAAGCUUUAGAAUGGAUGAUGUUAGUUCAAAUGGAAUUAGGAGAGGAAUGGUUAUGUAAAGAUUUAUUUAGAAUUGGCUCAUCCAAUUUAUUAGAUAAUAUUAUUGAAGAAAUACAAUAAAAUUAAUCUAAAAUGAUGAAAAAUUACAAAAAUUUCUUGUAUAAAAAUAUUAAAAU